CUUAAAACCAACUAUCCAAGUUGACAUAGAAAAGUUACUUAACAAAAAGAGUAUCUGGAGACUCGUAGUGAAAGUUUCUCUUCAGACAACUAUCCAGUAUUCAGCACCAAGGAAAGAACUGUGUGAAAUUCACAGAACUGACAAUACAAGUUACUACAAAGGACUAUCCAGGAUUUGAGUGGUGAAACUUUUGUGUGAAGUACAGCCAUGCAGAGACAUCACUGGAAGGUGUGGUUGCUCUUCAUUGUGUGCAUCUUUUGGGACACCGUUGUGGUGGUCGGCUGUCCGGAAAAAUGCAUCUGUGAUAGCUCCGAGAAGUCAGUGAGCUGCAAGCGAACCAAGUUCAGGUCCAUCCCUGGAGGGAUCCCACACAACACCAAACAGCUCAACCUGCAGACCAACGGUCUUAAAGAAAUCCCUGCCAAAACAUUUCUUGACUUCCCUCAGCUCGAGACCCUCAAUCUUAACGACAACAAAAUCCAGAUGCUGGCCAAUGGGGCCUUCCAAGGGUUGUCACGACUUCAGGAGCUGAAGCUGAGUGGGAAUAACCUCCAGCUGGUACUGCGUGGAGCAUUCCGAGGCCUGCAGAACGUAACGCGUCUGGACUUGGAUAGAAACAAGCUGGUGGUACUCCUGGAUCACUCUUUCUCUGGCAUGAACAAUCUGGGCUACCUGGACCUGGGAGAGAACCAGAUCAUUUUCAUUGGAGACAAAGCCUUCAAGGGGCUGUCCAAGCUCAAGAACCUUUAUCUGAUGCGCUGCAGGUUUACUAAGAUGAGCUACAUGACAAAGGCCCUGCGCUAUCUGCCAUCCCUGGAGUUCCUGCGAAUGCAGUCCUUCCCUAUUGACUUCCUGCCUGAGAAUGCCUUCCCAAGCCUGCCCUACCUAAAGUCCCUGGAUCUGGGCCUGUGGCGCAGCCUGCGAGCCAUCCACCCUCAGGCCUUCAAUGGUCUCAACAUAACCGUCCUCAACCUGAACAAUGGCAACCUGACCAACAUCCCGACACGAGCCCUGCAGAAGUUGUCCCGCCUGAAGGAACUGCACCUGUCCCGGAACGACAUCCGUGUUAUCCGUGCAAACGACUUCCUGGGGAUGGACAAACUGGAGAUGCUGGUGCUCACACACAUGCAGCUGGAAGUUAUUCAGGAGUUUGCCUUCACCAGUCUGAACAACCUGAGGAGGUUAGACCUCUCCAACAACAAUCUCAAAAUGUUGCGCAGAACCAGCUUUGGGCUCAAGAAGCUCCCAGACAAGAUGAUCCUUGACAACAACUUGUGGAACUGCAACUGUGAUUUGAAAUGGAUCCUGACAAGCUACAAUGCCGGGGAUGUGUCGGUAAUAUGUGAUAGCCCGACAUCUUGGCGUGGGGCGGAUAUACUAAAGUUUAUCAGGAAGCCCACAGCAAUGCCAAAGAACUACACAGAACUGAUGACCUGCGCUGGGCCGAAGCUUGUCAUGCAGAGACGGGCGAUUAGUGUGACAGCGGGACAGGAUGUUCCUUUACGAUGUCCUGCCAAGGGGAAACCCAGCCCCACAGUGAACUGGGUCAUCCCCAAAGGAGUGACUGUAACAGUUGGCAGGCCAUACAGAAAGACGAGUCUCAACAACAAGGGGACCCUGCUGAUACAGAGGAUAUCGCAACACGAUGCAGGGCGCUACAAAUGCUAUGCUUACAAUGGAGGGGGAAACAUCACGGACAGUAUUGAGGUGACUGUGAUUGGUCAGCUCGGUCGGGGAAAUGCAGGACUGGCUGGCCCAACACCACGCCCUCCCGAUCACCUGACCUUGCUCCUGGCAACCUUGAUGGGUUCGCUGACCUUUCUAGGGGUCGUGAUCUUCUGCUGUUCCAUUAUCUUCCUGUGGAGCCGGGGCUACAAGCAGGGCAAGCAGGCCUUUAUGAUGGAACUGGCCUUUGUGCCACGGGGCAGUGACGAAGGUGGCAAGACCAAGUCAGGUGGAGGCUCCCUGGCGACAAACGUCAACUUCAAACGAGCAAGAUGAAAGAUGAUCUGAGAUGAUGAAGAAGAAUCUUUAGUUCAUCACAGAAGACAUUCCAGCCUUUCUUCACCAGACAACCUCAACCCAGGACAAGGCAGACAACACAAGAAUGGCACAAUGACUGGACAGACUUAAGGCAGACCACUAAUGGAUGGAACAAUGACAGGGCAAAGCCAAAGCAGAGUUACAUUACAUGUAUAUGCUACAGAAUAAGUAAUAUCAUUUUGACACUGGACUAAAACAAAACAGACAUACCACAACAUUAUACUAAGGCCAUGUCAAGUAAUUUUUAUGGAUGAUAUCCUCUGGAGACCCUAAAUCUGAA